AUGGGUGAUGGAGAAACUUCCCCUUGGACAUCUUCCAUCCAAACUAUCAGAGGCCUCACAAUAUCUCCAAGUACGCCAGUCAACAUGGAAGGUCCGAGACACAACACCGCCAACAAACGUGUUCUACUUGCCAAACUCUUGGCAGUCAUCACCAAGCACAGCCAUUGGCAGCGAACUUGGUCUGAUCAUUGCUAUGUUGAGGCUCAACUUCGCCAGCACACCAACCGUAUUUUCGAUGGUCUUGACCUACGUCUCCCUCUGAUGGAAAGUCGCCCUUCCACAGAGCCAGCCGCCCCAGUGUCCCCAAGCCUCAUUGAUCCCUGUUUUGUCCCCCUGCCACUGGACACAGAGAGAGAGGCAAUCAUCACGAACCCCUUCGCCAUGCUUAUGACACCGCCUCUGACCCCGCCAGGGUCGAAGAUCAGCUGUGAUGUCAUGAGCAACCCCUUCGCAGGCUUGCAGUCUUUCAGUGGCAUGAGCGAAGCUGGAUCUGUUGCCGAUGCAGCCACCAAAAAACACACCUGCUUUCCCAUGGACCUAGAAAGACCAUACGACCAAGCCUUCUAUCCAGAGCUACCUCUCGGGGGGCCGCCUGAUCAGACUCGGCACCCCGAGCUGGAUCCUGACGAAGAGCAAAACCUUCAUGCUGCGCAUGAUGACGCCAAAGUUUGGCAACUUCAGAUGCAGUUCGUGUCCAGGGGCGAAGUGAUCGAGGUAUGGAGGUGGCUCGAGCAACGCAGCCGUUUUCUACAUCCGUCUCAUAUCUCCCUGCAGUUGCAGCUGGCCGUCAUCCAAAGUCUCGAGGACUACCUUGUUCCACCCAUUGCCUCUCAGCUAAUGGAUGCUGAGGCGGAAGCAAACGACAAUCUUGCCUUGAUGACGAAGGAGAUUGCUGGCCUAGAGUUAUCUAUCGACAGAAUGUCUCGUGUCUUGGAUGAGCUGGAGCGGGAGGAUCGGGACCCCUUUACUGAGCCCAUUAGCGUUGUUCUGUUUGACUAG